AUGGGAUUCCUAGCAUCUCAAAAUGAAAUACUUUUGAAAGAGAAGGUUCCAACAAAGGAGCUAUACAUCAAUUUAAAAUCAUCAGACACAUGGGUUGCCGAAUACCGAAAGUGGAUGGAUAAAGUGGGACACGGAAUGCCAUAUCAUUUUGGCCACAGCACUAUUUCCUUGCCUAAAGAGCCUGCUGUGGUUGAACAUGCACCUGCUGGACUUGUUGCAGGACUAUCAGCUUCCUCACCUGCAAAGGGAGGCAUCGGAACAAUGCAUGCUCCAAAUUUAACAAAUAGAUAUUUCAGACAUGUAAUACAUUGCAAAGAAUGUAGUACUGCCAUCAAAGCUUUUCAAACUUGGAAAAAUGUCCUUUCGGCUGUGGUUGUUGCAUUAGCUGCAUUGGCAAUUCUGAUAUCUGGGAGACAGUGGAAAGUCCUUUUGUUGGUAUCUGCAUCUCUGUGCUCUGUUGGAGUAUAUGCUUGUUCAACAGCUAUUACAAUGAAUACAACAAACUUUAUUAGGAUACAUAGGAGAUUGUGA